CAAAUGAAGGAAAAUAAAUUCUUUUAAGUUCAGGAUAAAAUUUAAAAAGGCCAAAACUCAAAUCUCCUCUGUGUCUCUCUCUUAUCUCAACUUUGUUCUCAGCACGUUUCUAUAAAUAUAAAAAAAAUGUGCCACAUGCACAGGUCUUUUUGGCGUCCGAAGAAACCUCAAAUAUUCCAACAAACAAAAAUCCCAUCAUCGAACCUGAUCCAAAAAUGUCAAAAAUCUGAGAUCUUUCUAAAAAAAAAAAAAAAAAAUUUAAGCAAACCUUUAAAAAAUAGAAUUCUUGAUCAUAUAUAGAAAUUCAUUUCUUUCUUGAACCUUUGCUAAAACAUUCUUUUUUCCUCAGUACUUGUUGCAAAAGAACCAAAGGGUUGCUAAUGAUACAAUUUUUAUGUGCAUAUUGUAUUGGGCAGGAAAACGGACGUAAACAAGGUUAGAUUUAACGUGCAUGCUCUUGACCUUAUAUACAAAUUUAACUGUAUCGGGGUAAACACAUAUUUAAGUGCAAAAGCUGAAUCUUUGAUUGUUUAUGGGAGUUCUUGAUGUUGGAUGCAAAAUACGGGCCAUAAUCCAUUUGAUAUAUUUGUAUUGUUUAUACUUUUGUUGUUUAUUUUAAUCCUCUAUUUUAGCUGAGAAUUAUUUGGAAUUCUUUGUAUUGGAUUGAAAAAAAGAACUACCAAGGCAAAGGUUUUCUGGUUGUUUCUUGGAUUGUAUUGGCCCUUGGGUUUUUCUUGAAUAAAAGGUUGUUGACUACAUGCCAAAUGCAAUUAAACGAAGGUCAGAAUAUGGGAUGAGCAAUAUUAUAAUGGGAAGGGUGGCCUAUGCAUUUGGUUUUGUUGCUUUGCUUUGUGUUUGGGCAGCAAGAGAUUCAGAAGGGAAAAGGAAGUUUCCUGGGAGCAAUUUAUACUUUGCAGGUCUCUGGCAUGUUCCUGUGAUAGACGAAGAUACGGCCGAACAAGUAUGGAUUCAUUGCAGGGAAGAGUUAGAAGAGGGUACCGAAGCUGCAAAAUUUCUGGAAUAUUAUAUUCAACAGACAGCAACAGGAAGUUAUAGUUACUUAAAACAGGAUAUAGCUUUGUUGAGAAAAAGAACCUUACAAAAGGCUCUUAAAGAUUUGCCUCCCCGAGAGAAGCAGAUUUUGUUGCAGUGCUUAAGAAGAAAAAAUGUUCCAAUUCAUAUUUCUGAUAAUAAUGAUGCAUCCAGUACUUGGUUUAGCAAGUACCAAGAGAUUUUUUCACAAUUGUCAAGUGUUCCCAGGAGGUACCUAAGAGGAAGAAAGCGUCCAUUUUUGCCACAAAAUCGUGCUCCAGUUCCAUCCCUUGCUCCAUUUCCUGGCCCUACAUCAGUUCCAUCUCCCCAUCCCUUUCCAGGCCCUGCAUCAGUUCCGUCUCUCUCUCCCUCUCCAGGCCCUGCAGCAUUUCCAACGCUCGCUCCAUCUCCAGGACCUUCUGCCCAAUCACCACUUUAUGCUCCUGUUCCUUCUAUUGAAGUGCCCACUAGCUCUCCUCCAACUGUGCAGCCUCCUUCUCCAGUUAUAAAACCCCCUGCAAAGCCUCCAAAACCUCAAACUAACACCAAUUCUUCAAAACCUUUGCCUGUUCAUCCUCCAGAUAAACCACAAAAUGAUCCUAAUUCUCCAAGAAAUAAUCAGCAGCAUCGGAAUUAUAUAAUUGGUGCAGUGGCUGGAAGUUCCAUUGCAGGAGUUGCCUUUUUAGCUCUGUUGGUAUUGUGUGUCAAGAAUAAAAAGAAAGAAGUAGCUCCAAAAGAUGGGCAACCGCCUCUGAAUCUGAAUGCAGGUUCUUCUCUAAAUGUCAAUGGUGCAUCUACUGUAAAUGAUGCUGAUCCUCAUAAUUCUUUCGAAGCAGAAGCAAAACUGUCCAUACCUGAGAUGAGUGCAAAUGCUCAUGCAUCAUUACCUCUUCCUCCAGGAAAAUGUGCACCUCCACCUCCUGGUCCACUACCUCCUCCUCCUAAACCACCUGCUCCGCGCCCACCUCCACCACCAAAAGUUCGCGCUCCUAAUCCACCAAAAUCUGGUAAUUUGCCAAAUCUUUUACCUCUUGGAGCACAUCAGAGGGGACGUUCUUCUGAGGAGGAGGGAAGUGACUUGGGUGAAUUUGAUGCUCCAAAAACAAAAUUAAAACCAUUCUUCUGGGACAAGGUUCUUGCUAACCCUGACCACUCUAUGGUUUGGCAUGAAAUAAGAGCCGGCUCGUUCCAGUUCAACGAGGAGAUGAUGGAGUCCUUAUUUGGAUAUAUACCAGGAGACCAAGGAAAAGAUGAUCGAAGAAAAACUUCCUCAUCCUUUUACCAAACCUCGCAGUAUAUUCAGAUUAUUGAUGCUAAGAAAUCACAAAAUCUAGCAAUUCUUCUCAAAGCCUUAAAUGUGACAACAGAAGAAGUUUUUGAUGCUCUCGAGGAGGGUAAUGAGCUGCCUCCUGAUCUCACACGAACUCUUCUGAAGAUGGCACCAACACCGGAUGAAGAACUAAAACUCAGAUUAUUUGUUGGAGACAUUUCUCAGCUUGGUCCUGCUGAACGGUUUCUGAAGUCCAUGGUUGCAGUUCCAUUUGCCUUCAAACGGAUGGAAGCAUUGCUGCUCAAGUGUUCUCUUCAGGAAGAAGUUUCUUCCAUCAAAGAAUCCUUCGCAAUCUUAGAGGUCGCAUGUAAGGAGCUCAGAAACAGUAGACUCUUCCUGAAACUUCUUGAAGCAGUUCUUAAAACUGGCAACCGCAUGAAUGAUGGCACCUUCCGUGGUGGUGCACAGGCAUUCAAGCUUGACACACUUUUGAAACUCUCAGAUGUGAAAGGAACUGAUGGCAAGACCACACUCUUGAAUUUUGUAGUUCAGGAAAUUGUUCGAUCUGAAGGAUUAAAAGCAGCACGUAGAUUAAGAGAGAGCCAAAGCACUGCCAGUGUGCAGACAGAAGAUCUUGUUGAGGAUUCUGCUCAGGAGUCUGUAGAUUAUCACUUUAACCUUGGUCUCCAGGUGGUUUCUGGGUUAAGCAACGAGCUUGAGAAUGUAAGAAAAGCUUCACUUAUUGAUGGAGAGAUCUUAAGCGCAGCUGUCAUGAAGCUUAGUCAGUCACUAGUGAAAAAUAAAGAGUUUCUGGACACUGAUAUGGGAAGUUUGGAGGAAGAAAGUAAGUUCCACGAUACACUCACAAAUUUUAUCCAACAUGCAGAUCAGGAGGUUACUUGCUUACUAGAAGAAGAGAAAAGGAUAAUGUCUUUGGUAAAGAGCACAGGAGAUUACUUCCACGGAAAUUCAGGGAAGGACGAAGGCCUGCGUCUCUUUUCAGUCGUUAGUGAUUUCUUAAUUAUGUUGGACAAGGCAUGUAGUAUGGUGAGAAACUCAAAGAAUUUGCCAGUAAAGACUCCUAGAAAAGGGUCAUUAACAACAUCUCCUUCCCAAGAAUCCUGUCCCGAGUCUUUGCCAGACAUACGUAAACAACUAUUUCCUGCAAUCCAGGAGCGACAGAUGCACAAUUCUAGUUCAGAUAAUGAAAGCUCAAGCCCAUAGGUGUCUGUUUAGGUGUCAGAGUACUUCAGAGAUAUGGCUUGGAUAAUAGUCUACAGAAGUAUGUAUUUAACAACUAUCUGAGGCCUAAGGUCUGCCUCUACACCCCAGUUAGCGAACACAUGCUCUUCAAGAUAGAGGGAAUAGGCAUUUUGCUUCAAUGCUCUCUUAGAGCCCUAGCGCUAGCAAUAGGAAGAAUGGCUAUAGUAUAGAUGCUGUAGUUAUUGCAUGGUCUACUACAACUAUCCACGGAGUUAUGUCACGGCCUCUCAAUGUUUGUAGUCACCUUUGUCUGUAAGAAUCUAACUAUCGAGAUGGUAAUGGUAUUGAAAUCUCCCUAAUAUUUGUUAAAUUCUUUUUAGUAUAUAUCGGAAGUUGGACCAGAUUUGUAUAGUUGCAGCGUUUUAUUCUUCUUAGUAACAGUUUCUGUUUCUGGUCAAGAUGCAUCAUUGCUAAUUCAUCUGUUCCCUCAUCCAUUUUGUUUCCUAGUUUCUCUGUUGGCACUCAACUUGGUACAAUCUUUUAGUGGCAUUUCUUCCAAAACCAAGUUGUGUACUGUCUGGUUUG